AUGGCAGAGGAUGACCCUGGCCUGUUUGACCAAUUGGACAAGGAGCGCAAUCUGGAUGCUGUGAUGUCUGGUUCACCUAAAGGAGAUGAAUCCACAACAGCAGCUGGAAGUGACAUGCUGUCCGAUUCAACCUUGCCUUUGGACUCGGUGUUUGAGACCCUGUAUGACUCAGUGUGCAAAGAAAUUGAAAGUGCUGGAGGACCACGCCAGUACUUGCAUGCUGAAUUCCCUGUCCGCAGUGAGAGGGCAAAGGGCAUUGCCAAGGUAAUGGAGGUGGCACUGGGGAUGUGUGAAGACGUUGACUAUGCUACAGACUACCCUUUGCCAGUAUGCUUCUCUGGAGCAGAAGAUGAACAAGCACCGUUCUUUCUUCCAUUGGGGGCUUUCUCAGCUGAAGCAGAGAGCUCACUCAGGGAGCCACCAUCCCUUGAUGUUGCAAUCAAACUCAUCAACAACUUCCACAAGCAUGGAUUUCAAACUACAGGUGUCCCUAUUCUGAUUCGGCUGGAGACAGCGAGCCUUCCAGACAGUGGUGAGAUUGAGCCCGGCUCCAUUUACUUCCUGAAGGGUGCUGCCAGGAUCCAAACAGCCAUGGCUGUGGUUGUGGCUUUGCACAGGAUGGGUCAUGAGGUGCCAUUGAUUCUGAAGAAGUCUCUCCAACGCAUCAAGUGCAAGCACAUCAGGCUCAGAGACCGUCAAGCUGAACUGUUCUACAACAUGAAGAAGAGUUCCUCUGAUGCGAUCCGGCGUGCGCCAAGUGCAAUCUCAUGGGUAUUUAGCUUGGUCAACCUGUCAGCGUGGGGCCAUUCUGAUUCCCAGUCCCUCAUCAAGGCAUGGAACGAUGAUGCUGCAAAACAUGACCGCAUUGCUGGCUACAAGUACCAGGCUGUUAAGACCAUCCUAGAGCUCCCUGAAGCUGCUAGGAACAUAAUCCUUGGCACAGUCAGCCUGUAUGGUUGGGAGGGUUGCCCCUACACGGAUGAUGCACUGGGAUCGAAAAAGCUUCUGGUUGGCUACAACUCCAAAUCUGGCAAGCUCUCCAGAACAUCCCCCUGGACAACAAGAUUGAAGAACACCAAGGAGUCUGUGGUUCUUCUCUUCAGGAUGGUCCACAAUCAGUACACCAACAUGCCACCCAAUCACAGGAAAAAGUUGACCAAGAGCCAGCUAGAAGAGAAGGCUGAGAUUACUGCCCUUGCCUGUUCUAUUGUGGAUGAGCUCACGUCCCAGGUUCCCAAUGUUGCCCCGGUCCUUGAGGAGAAGUUCUUGGAGCGGCUCCGGCGUGGAGACCCCGGUCUUGAGAUGGAGCUCGGAUCGGCCUGCUCUGCAAAAGAUGACAAGUGGGGGCCACGCGACAACGGGUGUAUUCUGGAGAUAUUGAAUGGGCUGACUGCUGGGAAAGGUGAGGCGAUCACUGGUUCAAGUGAGGCUGCUCUCUUCAAGUCUGCCACUGACCUCGAUGCAGCUAGCUACAUGCUGGCCUUAGAGGAAAUUGCAUAUGAUGAGCGAUGCCUCCAGGUGUACUUGGGUAAAAUGAGCAACCAUGAGGUCCGCAUCACCCAGUUGAAGGAGCAAUGGAACCGGAAGAGGCAAGAAGGAGCCAAGGAGGCUGUCCACAAGUGGGUGGACCAACAUGUGGAUGCAAACACAUGGCCUUCCAAGUUUGAUGCUGGGACAGCUUUGAGCAUGAUGCGGAGCAUUGAGGAGGCUGCAUCCAGGUGGCGAGAUUCAAUGAAGUGCCGGAACAUUGCCCUGCUCUUCAUUUGCAACUAUGCAUCUCCCAGUCUCAUCAAGAGUGACAUCACUGCUGCCACCUUCAGCAUGGUUGGCCACAUGCUUGGCUCAGAGUUUGGUCCACAAGCAUGUGGGCUGCUGCUAUGCCCGGUCUACUCAUACCAGAAACAUCAUUUGUUUCUUGAAGAGCAUGCUUUGCUCAAGAUGCUGAGCAACAAUUCGUGUUCUGUGGAUACCCUCUUCCAGCUCAAUUUUGACAUCAAGUCCAAGACAGACCAAAGAGAUCAGCGUCCUAUGGCAUACACUGGCCGGUUUCUUGCUCCAGCCAAUGCAGGAAGCGAUUGGGCUUGGCGUGAGUCUACCCUCUUUAAGCUUCGUCGCAACACGAAUGAGGCUUUGCAGCUGGCAAGCAAGCAAAUGGUGAUUCAGGAAGACAUGAACCCGAAGGCCCUUCCUAGCACAGAUGCUGGAACUUUACAUGGCGCCCAAAAGUAUGCCCAGAUUGGCUCUGAUGCAGCCCGGAAGCUGUUGUCAUCUGCGCUGGAGGGUGUGAACUUUGGGAAUCACACAUCCCUUCUUGUGGUGGACACAACGCCGCUGGUUGGAAACUUCUUUGAGGCCUACCUGGAGGUGUCCAAAGAUACCAACGUGCCCAUGAAGUAUGUUCCACUUUUUGCAGAUGAUGGGCAUCAGGAAUGGUUUUCUGGCUAUUUUCACCAAGAGCUGACCAAGCGCUUCCUGCAGGACUCUUUGAAAAUCCCUGGUUCUUCCAGGCUUCCCUCUCAACCCCCUGCGGAGCACAUGGAAUCCAAGCCGGAGCCUCCUGCCUUGAAGCGGUGCUUGUGGGGCAAGGUGAAGAAUGAGAUCCGCACCAUUGAGCUCCCUGAGGAUGAGGUCAAGAAGUGGUGGAGCAAAGAUGAAUGGAAGUGCUUUGUCCAAGAGUUCCAGGAGCGGCACCCUCCAGUGAAGCAGCUUGAGAAAGAGGCCCCCAAGGCUUCUGAUUCAGUUUCUGCAGCUGUGCCUGUCAAGCGCAAAUUGGAGGUGGACAUCUCCAAGCACUUGCGGGAUGGAGGGAGUGCACCUGGCGGAGUCAAGGUGGCACAGGUGCAGAUCAUCAAUGCCAGGUUUCCAGCUGAUGUGAAGAGCCAGGACCUUCCAACUCUUGUGGUUUCUGAUGGCGGGCCAUAUGUGGAGAAUGCCACUGAGCACCCGGUGACCUUUCCUGCUGGUUCCAUCCUGGCUGGGUGGGGCAAGGGCAAGUUCCGUGAUGGCAGCGAACAGAAGUGCAAAGACAAUGAACUUGAGUUUACCUGUGGUGCUGAGACAUAUGGCAUGAUGGACAACAAACUGAACCUCCUCACCGACUUGCUGACUGCAGAGCAGAAGGUAAAGUCGCAACACCCGAAGCUUUGCUAUCACACGAUCAAGCAGGAUCCAUCUGGUGGAUGGGAAUUUCUACAGGACCAUACAGUAAUCUUCCAACCGUUGCCUGAAGACAAGGAAACGCGGGUGGCCCAAGCACAGGUGGCAAAACAAGCCCUUGUGAAUGCUUGGAAAAGCAGUUGCACAUGCAUUGCGUGGCACUUGCGGCCAAGCCAGAAAGGCCUACAACCGAUUAGGCCUGUAGUGGUGUGGACUCAGGAUGUCACCCUUGAACCAGGGAAGAUCCUAGUCCUUGAGGGCUGA